ACAAUACCAUGAUCCUUAAACCCUAAUCGGCGGCGAUAUAAGCUCACCCAGUGAGUUGACAAGUCAUCUUAGAGAUUCACAGCUCUGAAGAAGGAAGCAAAAUGCAGAUUUUCGUGAAAACUCUAACCGGAAAAACCAUCACUCUCGAGGUUGAAUCGAGCGACACCAUCGACAAUGUUAAGGCUAAGAUUCAAGACAAAGAAGGCAUCCCACCGGACCAGCAGCGAUUGAUCUUUGCUGGCAAGCAGCUUGAAGAUGGCCGCACCCUUGCUGAUUACAAUAUCCAAAAGGAAUCUACCUUGCAUUUGGUUCUGAGACUUAGAGGUGGGAUCAUUGAACCAUCUCUCAUGGCUUUGGCCCGCAAAUAUAAUCAGGAAAAGAUGAUUUGCCGCAAAUGCUAUGCUCGUCUGCACCCCCGUGCUGUCAACUGCAGGAAGAAGAAGUGUGGCCAUAGUAACCAGUUGAGGCCGAAGAAGAAGAUCAAGUAGACGUGUAGUCGGCUGGGGUGCUUGGAUUGCUUUCUUAUUGGGCUGUGCUUAAAGAUAUUUAUUCCUUGUCACUGUUUGUUGGAUUAUUGAUGUUCUCAAGAUUUUCACUUGCUGAUCAUAAUAUCAUCCUUAUUUUCUUGACA